GAGAGAGUAAGCCCAAACCCUGCUGCUCCUCACCUCGUAUUUCUGCUUCGUGUCCCUCGGAUUCUUUGAUAUAAGUCGAGGUCAUCUUCACCGUCUUAUCCACCCAACAAAGUACUGCCUCCCAUACACUACUUCUCUUCACAACAACAAACCAUCGCAUCGCAAGAAGACCAAAUCAGUACACCUAAUCGUCCACAAUAUCACACUCACCACACACAAAGAUGGUGGCCAGACUCGGCAACCUCUCCGCCCUGAAAGACUUCCUCUCCUUCCUGGCCACUGUAUCGGGGGAUAUCUCGCACGUCACCGCACCACCAUUUAUACUCGCACCAUCAUCCCUCACAGAAUUUCCCAGCUACUGGGCCGAACGACCGUCGUUAUUCACGGCACCAGCACACGAAUCUUCACCGGAGAGACGGGCCCUGCUCGUCUUGAAAUUGUACCUCGCCUCACUGCAGCGGCAGUAUUAUGUCGGUCGUACCGUGCAGGAGGGAUUGAAGAAACCACUCAACUCGUUCUUGGGGGAAUUGUUCUUCUGUGAUUUUACCGACUAUGAUUUGACCUCGGAAAAAGAAUCGACCUCCACGGUUCGUGUCGUUGGCGAACAAGUCUCCCACCACCCACCCACCACGGCGUGUUACCUGUCUGCCGACGACGAUGGCGUGCAUGCUGAAGCAUAUUCGACACAAAAUACGAGCCUGUCUGGAACGUCAGUCGUGGUCCGUCAAUCGGGUCAUGCACUUUUCACCCUGGACAAAUAUAACGAGACAUAUUUGUUUCCGCUACCGGACGUGAAUGUUCGUGGGGUCAUGUCUGGUUUCCCCUGGCCAGAAUUGAACGACGUUUAUAAGAUUGUCAGCACAAGUGGUUUCACCGCGGAAAUGACGUUCAUCGGCAAGAAGUUCUGGCGUGGUGAGCGAAAUUGUUUUGAAGCGUCUAUCUAUCGAACAGCAGAUGAGCAUAAGAAGGCCAUCUUCACCCUGACAGGAAACUGGAGCUCGCGGUUUUCCAUCUUCGACUCGGCAGGCAAGGAGAUCGAGGUUUUUGACCUUGCAGAGCCCAAGAACCUGCCUGUUCCGAUGAACAUUACACCCAUAGACCAGCAGAGCCCCUGGGAGUCAAGACGAGCUUGGCAGGCGACUUUUGACGCCAUCCGAAAGGGCGAUCAGGGCAGCGUUGUAAGAGAAAAGUCCAAGGUCGAGGAUGCCCAGAGGCAGAUGCGGAAGAAAGAGAAGACCGAGGGCAAGAAAUGGGAGACCAUGUUCUUUACUCGUACUGACGACGUGGAGGAUGACUCGGACGCGUUGCAGAAGCUUUUCGACCAAUAUGAAGACAGCGAGGUCGACCGAUUACGCGGGACCAACGGAUGCUGGAGUUUUGACACAGAGAAGGAAAAGAGGUGGAAGAACGGUCAAGGAAGCUCGAGAGCCGAAACACCACUUGGUUGAGAUGACUCCUCUUUCAGAUCAUUAUAAAUUACCAUCUUCCCAGCACCAGUGGAGGCCAACGACCAAGUUCCGAUUGCUGCAGAUAUGUUGCCCGAACGAUGUUUUCGACGACCCGAAGGUCAGUAAUGAGGCAGAUGGUUCGGCUCGGUGACUGCAAGGGUC